ACAAUUAUACCAGGUUCUGGUCAAUAUAAACGAAAGAAUUUCCUCCUAGCUCCCAUGCCGUGUAUCAGUCUUUUGGGACAGUCCAUACCUGGUUCUGGUCAAUUCCAACGACAGUCUUUCCUCCCUCGCUCCCCUGCCGUGGACCAGCAGUACUACAUGAAACGUAUACAAGACGUCCCGGUGGGAACAAUGCAGCAAGAAACUGACGGGUAUAUAAACAACUUGAUAGAAAAUGACAGAAGAUGUGUACAGGACUGUUGCUGAGGCAAACUGCGCCACACGGCCGGAUCGUCUGCUGAUGACAUCUCUCCCAAGCAGCCGACACAGCAGAGGGUCAACAACUUGGUGCCAGAUGGACCAUCUUGACCAGUGGAGAUGGCUCGUGGUGGGCGCAGUCUUCGUGACGUCAUUCCUGUUUGGGAUAGAACGCACCAUGAAUUCCUAUUACGUCGAGCUGAUUGAUUAUUUUGAGGCGGACAGCUCUGUCAUGUCGCUCAUUGGAAGCGUCUUCUAUAUCUUCUUUUGUUUCACCGGUGUUUUCGUAUCGCCCAUAUCUGACAGAUACGGUCCCAGAAUCGUCACCAUGCUGGGUGGAGCCUUUGUCUCAAUCGGACUUCUGGGAUCCGCUUUCGCACCCAAUGUCUACCUCUUCAUCGCAAUGUUUGGUAUCUUUCUGGGGUCGGGUUUCGCCAUGUCCUUCCUCACCAUGCUUACAAUAACUGUGUAUUACUUCAAGGAGAAGCCUCUCCUUGCCCAAGGUGUUGGCAUCUCUGGUGUUGGUGUAGGUGGUAUAGUGAUGCCAAUCUUAGUCAAAUAUCUCAACAGCACUUUUACGUGGAGAGGAGGACUGAUGAUUACUUCCGGAUUAGCACUAAAUAUAUGCGUAUGUGGCGCCCUCUUACGACCGAUAGAUUCCUUACAGGUGGGGUCACCUACCCAAAACUUUGAAGUGACUUUGGAAAAAACGCAUUUACGACCAGAUAGAGAACAUGAAAAAGAUGAAGGUUUUUUGAUAGGAUUUAUACAAUCCUUCAAAGCGCUCAUGUGUAUUCGGCCCUUCGUUUUAUAUUCCAUUCAAUCACUUUUUGUUCAAGGCAGUUGUUCAAUUCUGAAUGUGCACGCCAUGGCAGCAGUUGAGAGUUUGAGCGGAGCAGACGACAUCUUGGUAUCAUACCUGAUGUCUUUCUACAGUUUAGCUUUAUUGCUCAGCAUUAUAUUAAUAAGUGCAUUCGCGCACGUUUCAGCGGUGGAGCCAUUACUCCUCGUGCAAAUCAUUUUCGCAAUGGGAGGGAUUGGAAUGGCCAUGGUUCCAGUUUUUCCAAACUUUUCCGCCAUGACUGCAUUCAUCUGCUUGCAUGGUUUCGGGGUUUCGCCAACACUAAAUCUCGUCCCAAUAAUGCUGUUAAAAUUCGUCGGACAGGACAACCUUCGACUGUCGUAUGGUGUUUUGUUUGUUUUCUGUGGCGUUGGGGGCUCGGCCGCACCUUUUCUUGCAGGAGUUUUGUACGACCAUACCAAGAACUAUGCCAACUCUAUGUACCUUGGAGGGGCGGGGUUUGCUCUCAGUGUCCUCCUGAUGGUAGAACCGUGUCUCAAAACUAUCACGAGAAAGAGGGAGACAUGGCAACCAUACUUUUUAUGAAGAAGAAAUAAUGGUCUCAACUAAAUCACCCGAAAUCUCCCUGCCCAAGAGAUUAGGUUGUUUGCUCAGUUCUGCUGCGUCGACACUGGCCAUCUCAAACCCAGGUGGUGGAGCAAGAUCACCUUUAGAAAGCAGUACAUGCAUGGCUUUGUAAACAAUAAAGGUUUGAUUUGAUAAUGAUGUA